UAUCUUUUCCAGGAUCGAGUUCAAAACAAUAUAUUGUUGUUUCUCCACUAAUUUGUUAGUGUUACAUAUAUUACAUUUCUACAUAAAAACAAGUUAGAAGUGCGUGAAAGAAAUCAACAAAAAUGAGUAAUAUUUAUAUACAAGAGCCUCCAACAACCGGAAAGGUUCUGUUAAAAACUACUGUCGGCGAUAUUGAUAUCGAAUUAUGGUCUCGCGAAUCUCCGUUAGCUUGUCGGAAUUUCGUCCAGCUGUGCAUGGAAGGCUACUACAACGGGACGAUUUUUCAUAGAGUUGUACGUGGAUUCAUUGUACAAGGUGGUGAUCCUAACGGUGAUGGAACAGGUGGAGAAUCAAUCUAUGGGCACCCAUUCAAAGAUGAGUUUCAUUCACGACUGCGCUUUGUACGACGAGGCUUAGUUGCCAUGGCUAACUCAGGUAAAAACGACAAUGGAUCGCAGUUUUUCUUCACACUGGGAGCGACUCCUGAGUUGCAGAACAUGCACACCCUGUUUGCAAAGGUCGGAGGCGAUACGAUCUAUAAUAUGCUGAAACUAGAAGACGGUGAAAUUUAUGAAAAUGAAAGACCACACUUUCCUCACAAGAUACUGAAAACGGAAAUAUUGCACAAUCCGUUUCCAGAUAUUAUUCCGAGGCUAAUAAAGCAAAAUAAAAAUUCAGAAGAGAAGGUGAAGAAGAAAAAAGAGAAAGGCGUUAAGAAUUAUGGGUUGCUUUCAUUCGGCGAUGAAGCUGAAGAGGAGGAACAAGAAAGUAUUCAGUAUGUUCAAAAGAAUAUAGCUGUCAAGGGAAAGAGUUCACAUGAUGUACUUGACGAUCCUAGAUUAAGUAAGCAAGUAAUCGAUAUAAAGGGAGCAGCUAAAAAUGAAGCUAAAAGGCGACAUUCAAAUUCAAGUAGUGAUUCAAAUUCAGAAAAUGAAGCUGAAUGCGCCGAUUCUCGCAAAAAAGAAUUGAUAGAACAGGAAGCUAAUAAUAUACGGGAGAAGUUGAAACGAAGAAAAGAAACGGAACCAGCAAAGGAAAUGUCAUCGGAUUCUGACUCCGAUUUUGGGCUGGGUAGUGAAAGACAAAAAAUCAAACAAGAGCAAGCAGCGAAAAUUCGAGAAGAGAUUACUAAACUGAAGAAAGAAUACCAAUCAGACAAACGUAAAGACAAAGCAAUUGAACAACAGAAUAAUACUGAGAAAAAGAAGAAUGAAUCAAACAACGAGGUUAUGAAAGAGUUUCUUGCUGUUCAGGAACAGUACUCGGAAAAGAAAAAAUUGUUGCCUAAAAAGGGAAUCUCCAGAGAAAAUUUUACGCUGCAACUGCUAGAGAAAUUCAAAAAUAAGCUGCAAAAUGUCCAAGAGCAAUCUGACGAGCCGACGGCCAGUGGAAGUCGAACAGAACUGGACGAGGAAGAAGACAUUCAAGGUGAUAGUUGGCUUUCACAUCGAUUGCAGUUCGAAACGAAUGAUCCAAUCUUGGCGAAGGAUGCAGUGACGAAAGAUGAUGACUGGUAUGAUGUGUACGAUCCAAGAAAUCCUUUGAAUAAGCGAAAACGUGGAGAAAAAGUCGAAAUGAAAGAGAAACCGCGAAAGUGAAACACAUUAAGCCUAUUGAUUUUACCAUAUUAAACCUGUUCAUCCACUCA